GUCCGCAUCCUUCAUGCAUGUGGGUUUAGUGUGUUGCUGACCAGCUACACACACUCCGCUGUUGACAACAUCCUGCUGAAGCUAAAGCGCUUCCGGGUUGGGUUUCUACGUCUUGGGCAGGGGCAGAAGGUUCAUCCAGACAUCCUGCCUUACACAGAGGAAAAUGCAAGGAAGAAGGGAAUUCAAACUCUGUCAGAGUUGGAGCAGCUCUAUAACAAGGAGCUGGUCGUGGCUACCACCUGUAUGGGCAUCAAGCAUCCCCUUUUCACACGUCGGCGGUUUGAUUUCUGCAUCGUAGAUGAAGCUUCACAGAUCAGCCAGCCGAUCUGUCUGGGACCGCUGUUCUAUGCCAAGAGAUUUGUCCUAGUUGGAGACCACCAACAGCUGCCGCCAAUAGUACAAAAUCAGGAGGCUAGGUCACUUGGGAUGGACGAAAGUCUGUUUAAGCGACUGGAGCUCCACAGUGAAGCAGUGGUUCAACUCAACGUACAGUACCGGAUGAACAGUCAGAUCAUGUCUCUCAGUAACUCCCUGAUGUACGAGGGACGGCUGGAGUGUGGAUCAGAGAGGACAGCCACGGCCCUGCUCACCCUGCCCUUCCUGCCGUCUGUCCAGUCGGAGCUCAGAUCCUACUCUGAGGCUCAUCCCCAGCACAACCUGGGUUGGAUACAAGCCACAUUGUUGCCUAGCAACCCCGUUUGCUUCCUAGAUUGCUCCAUGGUCGCAG